AUGGCCACAUGGAAACCACUGCUUCUAGCAGUUCUUGUUGGUCUUUCAGCGGCUACACCAACACAGAAUCAGUUACCGAACCGUAAGCAAGCCGCCAUUCACGUAGGGCAUCUCAUUGACCAAGUGAGUGCUAGGCUCAAGCUGCAAUCUACACCAAAGCCAAAACACUCGUCUGGUCACAGCCAAGAGGUGGCCAGCAACUUGGAGCAGGUGUCUAUCUCACACCCAACCUCGGAGGGUGACUACACAGCCAGAAAAAAAAAUCGCUAA